UUGCCUACUUCUAUCCACAAUCCACAUACAAUUCCCUCCCUACACUCUUUUCUUUUCCUCUCUAUUUUUCUCCAUUUUUCCCAAAAUGGGAACAGUGGAAAUAGAAUCCCCAACAACCAAAUUACAGCAAAAACAAGAAGAUAUAAACGAAGAUGAACUCUCACCUAUAGAAGAAGUCCGUUUAACCGUACCCAACACAGAUGACCCGACCCUACCCGUAUGGACUUUUCGAAUGUGGAUCCUUGGUUUACUCUCUUGCAUUCUCCUUUCAUUUCUUAACCAAUUCUUCUCUUACAGAAAAGAACCGCUUAUUAUUACACAAAUAACCGUUCAAGUUGCUACUCUACCCAUUGGUCAGUUCAUGGCAGCUGUAUUACCUACUACUAAGUUUCGGAUCCUUGGGUUCGGGUCAAGAGAGUUUUCACUUAACCCGGGUCCGUUUAACAUGAAGGAACAUGUACUUAUUACUAUUUUUGCAAAUGCUGGGUAUGCUUUUGGAAAUGGGUCUGCUUAUGCUGUUGGAAUUGUUAAUAUUAUUAAAGCUUUUUAUGGAAGGAGUAUUUCUUUUGGUGCUAGUUGGCUUCUGAUCAUUACUACACAGGUUUUGGGAUACGGUUGGGCUGGGCUUUUAAGGAAAUACGUAGUUGAGCCGGCACAUAUGUGGUGGCCCAGUACACUUGUUCAGAUCUCACUUUUUCGGGCACUACAUGAAAAAGAGGAAGAUGACAAUGAAAUUGUGAAUGGCAAUGGAAAAAAGCGGCCUAUGUCCCGUGCAAAGUUCUUUGUGAUAGCAUUAGUAUGCAGUUUUUCAUGGUACAUAUUCCCCGGUUAUAUAUUCCAAGCCCUAUCAAGUAUUUCAUGGGUAUGUUGGGCAUAUCCAAACUCCGUCACAGCUCAACAAAUCGGAUCAGGUCUAAAUGGCCUAGGAGUCGGGGCGUUUACGUUAGACUGGGCCACUGUAGCUUCAUUCUUAUUCAGUCCUCUUAUUUGUCCAUUCUUUGCAAUAGCCAAUGUCUUUGUUGGCUAUGCCUUGAUAAUGUAUGUAGUGAUUCCUAUAUCCUACUGGGGGUUCAAUGUCUACAAUGCCAAAAACUUCCCUUUAUAUUCCUCUGACUUGUUCACUGCACAAGGUCAGGAGUAUAACAUAACACGGAUUGUGAAUAACCAAUUUAAUAUAGAUCUAGCCGAGUACAAGAAGCAAGGGAGAAUAAACCUGAGCCUUUUCUUUACUCUCACUUAUGGAUUUGGAUUUGCCACCAUUGCAUCGACUCUUACUCACGUCGCCUUGUUUUAUGGAAGAGAGAUUUACCAACGCUAUCGAGCUUCCUCAGAGGGAAAGGUUGAUGUCCACACGAGGCUGAUGAGAAGAUACAAAGACAUACCCCAGUGGUGGUUUUACUUGCUUCUUCUCGUGACAAUUCUGGUAUCGCUCGCCCUUACCAUCUUCCUGAAGAAUGAAGUUCAGAUGCCUUUCUGGGGACUCCUCCUCGCAGCUGCACUUGCUUUCAUAUUCACCCUUCCCAUCAGCAUCAUUACUGCAACCACUAAUCAGACUCCAGGACUAAACAUAAUCUCUGAAUACAUCAUGGGGGUGAUAUAUCCUGGAAGACCUAUUGCGAAUGUGUGCUUCAAGACCUAUGGCUAUAUGAGCAUGACACAAGCAAUCUCCUUUCUCAGUGAUUUCAAGCUUGGUCAUUAUAUGAAGAUACCUCCGCGGUCAAUGUUUUUAGUUCAGUUUAUUGGAACCAUAAUUGCAGGAACAGUUAACCUAGGCGUCGCAUGGUGGCUCUUGGGAUCUAUUGACAACAUAUGUCACCAGGAUAAAUUUUCCAACAGCCCUUGGACUUGCCCCAGUGAUCACGUCUUCUUUGAUGCAUCAGUCAUUUGGGGUCUCGUGAGUCCUAAGCGGAUAUUUGGCCAUCUUGGCAAUUACUCAGCACUAAACUGGUUCUUUCUUGGAGGAAUGCUUGGGCCAGUUAUAGUAUGGUUACUACACAAAUCGUUCCCUAAACAGAUGUGGAUACCCCUCAUUAACCUUCCUGUGCUUCUUGGAGCAACAGCUUUGAUGCCACCAGCAACUGCACUAAACUACAAUUCUUGGAUUUUAGUCGGGACGAUUUUCAACUUUUUUGUUUUCAGGUACAGGAAGAAAUGGUGGCAGAGGUAUAAUUAUAUACUUUCAGCGGCCUUAGAUGCCGGAGUUGCAUUUAUGGCUGUGAUGCUCUAUUUUAGUGUGGGGAUGGAGAAUAGAAGCAUAAAUUGGUGGGGAAAUAAUGACCCUGAGCAUUGUGAUGUAGCAUCUUGCCCUACAGCAAAGGGCAUAUCUAUUGAUGGUUGUCCAACUUUUUAGUUUCUUGUUUUUUUUCUUUUUUUUUUCUUUUACCUAUUUUGGUUUACAAAAUGUAGGGAAAUUGCCCUGUGAAAUCGAUAAAGAAAGGCGAAGCCACUUAUCUUAA